AUGAAGAAACGGAACAACGACUACCUGAUGCCGAACCCAACGCCGCACAUGUUCACAAGCUGUGUACUGACACAGAAGCUAUGCACACAUGCACAUGAUACGUCUCUAAAUCCAACUAGAGGUCCGAAUGUACCAUUAUUAGAUUCCCUACCUCCUAUCAGGCCCGACGUGGCUCGAUACACAGAGGUCAUUCACACCGUAGCUGUACCCCACUCUAGACCACUGGGACACGUCGAUUUCUAUCCAAACGGUGGAAACAACAUGCCUGGAUGUGGCGGACAGAGUGCUUGCAAUAAAUUAAGUUCCCGAUACUCUUUUUGCAAGCGCCAUGAGGGCCGUGAUCAUGGCGCGGAAAUAUCGGGAGCUCGAGAAGUGCAAGAUGAUAGCAUUCCCGUAUUAAACUAUCGCUCUAGUAAUCUAGAUAAAGCAUAA